AUGGAGCUUGUAAAUCGGGACGCUUCUCUUAAGGUGAAGGUUAUCAUCGCUCAUGUUGCUGAGAAAUACAGGUAUAUCAUAUCCUACAAAAAGGCAUGGAUUGCAAAGUGUAAGGCAAUUGAGUCGUUGUAUGGAAAUUGGGAGACAUCUUACAACGAUCUGCCGCAGUGGAUACUGGUAAUGAAAACAUAUCUACCAGGUACCAUUAUAGAAUUACAAUCCUUACUUGUGAUUUCAAGUGAUGGUUCAUACUUGGGUGACCAAAGGAUAUUUCAUCGUCUGUUUUGGGCGUUUCGACCAUGUAUACGUGGUUUCCCAUAUUUUAAACCUAUUGUGCAGGUUGAUGGAACAUGGUUGUAUGGCAAGUACAGAGAGACUCUAUUGAUGGAUGUGGCACAGGAUGGGAACGGGAACAUAUUUCCGAUAGCGUCCGCAUUGGUUGAAAGUGAGACAAAGGAAGCUUUGAGUUUCUUUCUUAAGAAUUUAAGAAUACAUGUUACCCCCCAAGCAAAUCUAUGCCUAAUAUCAGACAGGCAUGAAUCGAUAAAGAGUGCAUACAACAAUCUGGAAAAUGAAUGGCAGUAUCCUCCAUCAUCACACGUCUAUUGCAUUAGGCACAUCGCACAAAACUUCAUGCACGAGAUUAAAGACAAGGAUCUGCACAAAAUAGUUGUUAACAUGGGUUAUGCGUUAACAGAGGCAAAAUUUAACUACUAUCGGGGGGAAAUCCGAAGAACAAACAACGACGCUUUAUCAUGGAUAGACAACAUCCCCCGGGAGAAGUGGGCAAGGGCAUUUGACGGAGGGCAACGCUGGGGUCACAUGACAACUAACCUAGCAGAAGUAAUGAACUCGGUGCUAAAAGAAACUUGA